AUGGUUGGCGUGUCGACACUCGUCAAGUCUCUGCCCUUGGUGGCCAGCAGUGCCUUUGCCAGUGUCAAUUAUCCUGUGAUUCCAAGUGACUUGACCACUCCUUAUCAGCAGCGACUUGCAGUCUACGGACCGAACUCGGUAUCUGUGGGCUGGAACACAUAUGAGCAGUUGAACCAAACCUGCGUCCAAUAUGGCCUGUCCGCAGACAACCUCAACACGAAAGCCUGUUCAAGCUCAUCAACAACCUACGCGACAUCGCGAACAUGGUCCAAUGUCGCGAUCUUGACAGGCCUGACCCCAGCAACAACCUACUACUACAAGAUUGAAUCGACAAAUUCAACAGUAGGCCACUUUCUAAGCCCACGAACACCAGGCGACAAAACACCGUUCAACAUGGACGUAGUAAUCGAUCUAGGCGUCUACGGCAAGGACGGCUUCACAACCUCCAGCAAGAAAAAAGACACCAUCCCCGUCAUCCAACCAGAACUAAACCACACCACAAUCGGCAGCCUAGCCCGCACCGUCGACGACUACGAAGUAGUCAUCCACCCAGGCGACUUCGCCUAUGCCGACGACUGGUAUCUGAAAUUCGCGAAUCUCCUCGACGGCAAAGAAGCGUACGAAUCAAUCCUGGAGCAAUUCUACGACCAACUCGCCCCAAUCGCCGGCCAAAAGCUGUACAUGGCCAGUCCGGGCAACCACGAGGCCGACUGCAGCGAGAUCCCCUAUCUCAACGGCCUCUGCCCAGAGGGCCAGAAGAACUUCACGGAUUUCAUGCAUCGAUUUGACAACACCAUGCCGCAGUCCUUCACAUCGUCAUCGUCAGAUGCGACCGCCCAGACUAACGCAAAGAAAGCCCGAUCCCUGUCCAACCCGCCAUUCUGGUAUUCCUUCGAAUACGGCAUGGCGCACGUCGUCAUGAUCAACACGGAGACCGACUUCCCCAAUGCGCCGGAUGGACAGGACGGGUCUGCAAAGCUUGACGGCGGGCCGUUCGGCACAACGAACCAGCAGAUUGAAUUCUUGACUGCUGAUCUGGCGAGUGUCGACCGAACGGUCACGCCGUGGGUGAUUGUUGCGGGUCAUAGACCUUGGUACUCGACUGGAUCAUCCAACGGAUGCGAUUCUUGCCAGGAAGCAUUCGAGGGGUUGUUCUACGAGUACGGGGUUGACCUUGGUGUUUUCGGGCACGUGCAUAACUCGCAGCGGUUCUUGCCUGUUUAUAAUGGUACUGCCGAUGCGAAUGGGAUGGAUGAUCCCAAGGCGCCUAUGUACAUUGUUGCUGGUGGGGCUGGUAAUAUUGAAGGAUUGAGUUCUGUUGGGACUGAGCCGGAUUAUACGGCCUUUGCUUAUGCUGAUGACUAUAGCUAUGGAGCUAUUAAGUUUGUGGAUGAGCAGCAUCUGACUGUUGAGUUUAUUCGGUCUUCCACUGGGGAGAUCUUGGAUACUAGUACGCUUUACAAGAGCCAUGGUACACAGUUUGUGAGGCAGUGA